UACGUCAUCUACAGUGGACAAACGUGUUCAGCCUGAAUAUAAACAAACCCCCGAUUUGCAUUCAUUUUAAAAUAUUUUCACGACAGUAAGCUGGUUCUUUUAAAUGUUUUUACCCAGAAUUGACACCAGAAGAGAUGAGCAGGUGGUUGUUGACAGUGACAGUGUUUCAUCGACAUGCCAGCUCGGACACUGCAGGAGCUUAUUUUUACCGCCGCCUCUCUGAAUGCUGACAGAGUGGCUGUGAUAUACGACAACGGUGGCUCAGUAUCUGGAAGUCCGGUGUCUCUGUUGUACAGAGAUUUGACUGAACUUGCUGGAGAACUUUCGCGUAUUUUUCUGAAGAACUUUUCUCCUGGCAACGGCCUUAUCGGUCUGUAUUGCAGUGAUGAUCUGCUCAUACCUGUCUGGAUUCUGGGGAUCCUGCAGUGUGCAGCUGCUUAUGUUCCUCUGGAUCCAGAGGCUCCUGGACUUCUCUCUGCCAAAGUAAUGAAUCAGUGUGACCUCAAAUACUGCGCUGUGAAGACUGACCUUUUGCAGCAAUUCCGGGCAGUUCUCAUGAAAUACAUAACUGUGCAAGUUCUUGUGGAGUUACCCAAGUUCAAACUGACUCUGGUACAAAUCGACCUGCUUCUUGAGCUUGAACUUGGAACCAAACAAGCCAGAGCUGGGAUGGCAAGCAGUGCCAGUCUUGGUGGUACAUCCAUGUUAGUAAAGCACAGAAACUUGGCAUAUGUGCUGCACACAUCUGGAACAACAGGCCCACCCAAAAUUGUGAGGGUACCACAUAAGUGUAUACUGCCCAAUAUACUGCAUCUAAGAUCUUUGUUUCAGAUGAGAAAGGAUGAUGUGGUUUUUCUUGCUUCACCUUUAACUUUUGACCCCUCUGUGGUGGAAAUUUUUUUGGCUUUAUCAUCUGGUGCUCAGCUCCUUAUUGUUCCUACCAUAAUCAAGAAAAUGCCCUAUCGACUUGCUCAACUGUUAUUCAAAGAUCACAAAACCACUGUCCUCCAGGUUACGCCCACUCUGCUGCUGCGCUUCGGUCAUCACAUUCUAAAACAGGAUGUGCUGUCAUCUGGCUCCUCAUUGCGGGUGUUGGCUCUGGGAGGAGAAGCUUGCCCAUCGCCAUCUCUGCUGAGAAGCUGGAGACACAAGGACAAUAAAACCUGCAUCUACAACAUCUAUGGCAUUACUGAGGUCUCCUGCUGGGCCUGCUGUUACAGAAUACCAGACGCUCUGCUCCAGUCCAGCACCCUCGCUGUGCCUCUCGGGAGUCCACUGAUGGACACGGUGGUUGAAGUCAGGGAUGAGCGUGGCUGCGUAACAACAGGGGGCGAAGGACAAGUGUUCAUAGGGGGAGAGGACAGGGUGUGCCUCCUGGAUGAUGAUGACACCCUCAUCCCUGGGACGAUGAGAGCGACUGGAGACUGGGUGAACGUUGCAGAAGGACAGCUGUACUACCAGGGACGGAGAGACAGGAUGAUUAAACGCAAUGGAAAACGUCUGAACUUGGACAGAUUACAGCAACUGAUGCUGAGCCUCCCUCAGGUGGAGGCCUGCGCUGUGGGUCUCUACGAAGGCGUUCGACUCCUUGCCUUCGUCGUGGCCUCCACUGCUGCGGACCAGAUGGCAGCUUCCUCCCUCUUAUCUGUACAGCAGCGAGCAGAACAAACCUCUGCCUCUGCUGAGCAUCAGCAGAACUUGCCCCUCUCUGUCAAACACCACCUGGAUGAAGCAGGCAGUGCAGACGGAGAACUGAAGAGGCUCAUUCUGAACCAGCUGUCUCUCCUGCUGCCUUCUCACAGCAUUCCCGACACGCUGGUGCUCGUCCAAGCCUUAUGUCUGACUCCUCAUGGUAAAGUGGACAUGGAGGCAUUAAUGAAAAUAUAUGAAAAACAGAGAGAGUGUUUAGGGUCUUCACAGAGAGAUGGCAGCACACUAAAGCAAACCCUUCUAACUUUGUGGCAGGACACGUUGGGUCUCACUCGAGAUGCGACCAUUGAUGAGCAGUCCAACUUCCUGUUUAGUGGUGGAGAUUCUCUGAAGGCUCUGCGUCUGUACGAAGACAUCCUCUCCACCCUAGGAAUCACCUCACCAGAGCUUUUGGAGGUUAUACUUGACAGGACCUUCUCAGAUGUACUGCGUCACAUAACGUUGAUGCUGCUGCCCAAAAAUGUCCCUUCAUCAUCGUCUGAGGCCAACAAACGACACACCGAUCCUCCCGCCGUGGUUGUAGCAAAGAGAGAGCGAAAGUCAGCCGAGGUCCUGCAGGUGGAGAAAUGUAGCAUUAUAGUUGUAAGACGAGCAGGCGAGGUGAUAGAAAUGAACACGAGGAAUGCAAACAUGACCAAAAAUCUAAAAGCAGAGGAUUCUUUCCGAGAUGCUGAUGUAGGUCUCAGGCUGAGCUGGUCCUCAGACACUGGCAGAUGCGUGGACGCCUCCCCUGUGCUUCUAGUACAAGACGAAGCAGAUAAGAAAACCAAUGUGUCCAAAGCAACAGUGUUUAUUGGCUCACACUCCCACAGGAUGCAGGCCGUAGACCUGCUCACUGGGAGCCUUCGAUGGGAGCGAGUUCUCGGGGACAGAAUCGAGGCCUCGGCUGCUGUGUCUCACUGCGGCACCCUCGUUGUUGUAGGUUGUUACGACGGCUGCAUAUAUUUCUUGUGCACUGAAUCUGGAGAGACACGUUGGGUGUUUCAGACAGGCGAUGCUGUGAAGAGUUGUCCUGCUGUGGAUCUUCUUACCGGUCUGGUGAUAGCCGGGUCACAUGACGGGCAUGUUUAUGCCCUAAACUCACAGGUUCAGCGUUGUGUUUGGAAGCGUCACUGUGGUGGUGGGGCUGUUUUUUCCUCUCCACACCUGAAUGCAUCUCACAGACAGCUGUAUGUGGCAUCGCUGGGAGGACAGCUGUUGUGUCUCAACCUGGACAGCGGUGACGUCUUGUGGUCUCACUGUAGAGACGUCCCUUUCUUCUCCUCACCAAACUGCUCCUGCAGUCGUAUCAUAAUCGGCUCGGUGGAUGGAAACAUCUGCUGCUUCAGCGAAGCUGGGGAACUGCUGUGGCAGUUUUUAACAGAGGGACCAGUCUUCUCGUCUCCGUGCUUCAUACCAGAACAGCAGAGGCUUCUGUGUGGGUCACACGACGGUCGCCUGUACUGUCUGAACUGGGCAGAUGGCUCUUUAGUUUGGACUUUCCAGACUACAGGAAAGGUGUACUCUGCUCCCUGUGUGUUUGAUGGAUCCGUCAUAGGAAGGAAGGGGGUUCUUGUGGGCCUGGCAUCCACGGAUGGCAAAGUCUGGAUCCUGGAUGCAGGAGAUGGACAAACGCUGGCCUCACACGCUCUACCAGGCGAACUGUUUUCGUCCCCCGUGGUGUGGGGACGGUCUCUUGUAAUUGGAUGCCGCAAUGAUUACGUGUACUGUUUAAACUUGACUGUGAAGGAGAAGGAUUAGAAGGACUCAAUCUCAUAUCUGUGCUGUUUAAAAAAAUAAAAUAAAAUAAACAGUUUCUUGCUUUUAACAUCUCGAGCAGCGAA